AUGAAGGUCUUCAACAGCCGCUACUUGGGCUUUCGGGGCACGAAGCUCAACAUCAUGAUCAGUAUCAUCGCCGGCAUGGACUUCUUGCUCUUCGGAUACGAUCAAGGUGUUAUGGGAGGCCUCCUGACUCUUCCAGCCUUCACUUCUGUGUUCCCCGAGAUUGACACCUCUGCCAACGGUGUGGCUGGAUUGACCCCGAGUCAAGCCAAUCACAAGUCCACCAUCCAAGGCAUCUCGGUCGCUUCAUAUAAUGUUGGCUGCUUUGUGGGCGCGAUCAUUUGUAUAUGGGUGGGAGACUUCCUCGGUCGACGAAGGACCAUUGUCCUUGGGUCGGCCAUCAUGGUCAUUGGUGCUACACUUCAGGCUUCUGCAUUCAGCUUGGCCCAGUUGAUCGUGGGUCGUGUCAUUACCGGCCUCGGUAACGGUCUCAACACUUCCACGGUGCCCACAUGGCAAUCCGAAUGCUCCAAGUCGCACCGCAGAGGCCAGCUGGUGAUGAUCGAAGGCGCAUUGGUUUCAGGAGGCAUCUGCAUCUCCUACUGGAUCGACUUUGGCUGUUCAUUCAUCGACAAUCAAGCAUCAUGGCGCCUACCGAUUGCCCUGCAAAUCAUUUUCGCCGUGAUCAUUCUUGUAUUCAUUUUGGAACUCCCUGAAUCCCCCAGAUGGCUUGUUCUAAAGGGGCAAGAAGGUGAAGCAGUGAAUGUACUUGCUGCUUUGUCCGACGAAUCGACCGAGAGCCAAUCCGUCAGCAUCGAACUCGCUGCCAUCAAAGAGACUGUUCUGGAGCAACAAAAGACCAGCUUCCGCGAUCUCUUCACCAUGGAUGAAGAUCGUCAUUUCCAUCGAGUGGCGCUUGCCUAUAUCAUCCAAAUGUUCCAGCAAAUCUCGGGUAUCAAUUUGAUCACCUACUAUGCUGCCACGAUCUACGAGAACGAAAUUGGCCUGACUCCUUUCAUCUCUCGUAUCCUUUCUGCCUGCAAUGGAACCGAAUACUUCCUGGCAUCAUUGAUCCCCAUCUUCAUCAUCGAACGCGUGGGACGUCGAAAGCUUCUGUUGAUCAGUGCAGCCGGUAUGUGUGGCUCGAUGGUGGUCCUGGCCAUCAUGAACAAGAUUGGAGGCACCAGUUGUGGCAUCGUCGCCGCUACCUUCCUGUUCUGCUUCAAUACUGCGUUUGCGAUCGGCUUCUUAGGAGGGUGUUGGCUCGUUCCUGCCGAGCUUGUGCCUCUACGGAUCCGAGCUCCGAGCAAUGCUCUGUCUACGAGCGCGAAUUGGGCGUUCAACUUCAUGGUGGUCAUGAUUACACCUGUUUCGUUUUCGUCGAUUGGGUACCAGACAUACAUCAUCUUCGCUGUCAUUAACGCAUUCAUGGUUCCCGUCAUAUACUUUUUCUUCCCCGAAACGGCAUACCGCUCACUUGAGGAGAUGGACAUGAUCUUCCGGAAGACCAAGAGUAUCUUCAGUGUGGUGUCGAUUGCGAAAGAUGAACCUCGACGAUAUGGCAAGAAUGGAGAAUUCCUCAUUGCUUAUGACGAGACUGAGGAACACCACCAGCGCCUGAGCACUGCCGAGCGCAGAGCCAGUGCUUCCAGCGGGACCAGAAGCAGCCAUUAUGACUCUGAGAAGGGGGCUCACCGAGAGCGAGAGCGAUCGUUCUAG